CGCCCCGCAUCCUUACCCGUUUGUUCCCGUUGAGUACAUUGUCGCCAAUGACAACAUCAGGCGAAGGGCGGCGCGUGUCGGGAGUGCCAGUAAAGGGUUUGGUUCGGCCACACGUCGAACAUUUCCGGUUGCCGGCGAACGCAGCCUCCCCGGACCUGCUCGCUCAUCGAUUGUUCGUCUUGGCAGCGGACGCCGCACCGGCGCCGAGCUCCUCCGAAUCUUCCAAAGGCGACGCGAAUGGCCAGCCACGAUGAGUCGUGUCCCUUUUGCCUGAUAGCCAAUGGCCAAAGUGACACCGAAAUCCUCCAGAGUGUAAGACAACGUUCUCCGUUCGAGGCUCGGCCUGCGUUCGCUUUGACUCGGUUGUGUGUAUUGAAGGACGAGGAGCUGGUGUGCUUCCGGGACGUCAAACCGGCUGCUGACCAUCAUUACCUGGUCAUCCCCAGGACGCACAUAGACGACUGCGACGCUCUGCGCGCGCAACACAUUCCCAUGGUGGAGCGAAUGGCCGAGAUGGGAAGGGGCGUGUUGGAGAAAAAUAAAGUGCGCGACCUGGAGGACAUCAGGCUGGGCUUCCACGUGCCUCCGUUCUGCUCCGUGCCGCACUUGCACCUGCACGCCCUGGCGCCGGCCAGCAAGAUGAACGAACUAACGCAGCGGAAAUACGGCUCGCUGUCCCACUGGUUCAUCAAGGUGAGCGAGCGCCGCAGUUCGGGGACCCAACGAGCGGGGGCGCUCUCUCGCCGCUACACACGGCGCCUCUCUGGUUUUGCAGGUGGACGACGCGCUGACUCGGCUCAGGAAGCGAGGCAGAAUCCGCUGACCUUCCGCCCCCUCUGCGUUCAACGAAGUGAAAAUGCACGCGUCGCGCCGAGCUCCUUUCGGGGGAAGAUUUCUGGAAAAAGACAAGUUGGCAAAUAAAUGCGUGCUCAACGGCUGCCGUUUUUUUAAGAUGUUAUCUAGCCGGUGGCAGCCCACAGCUGCACUUUGGGGGGGAUCCAUCGACUGUAAAUGUAAGACUAUGUUGGAUUAUUUCAUGUUCAGAAUACCCCAAAUUAUAUUCCGUUGUUUAUGUUGAUGGAAGCGGGAAGUGAUUUGAAUUACGAGAGUUGCGUUCUCGAAAGUGCUGCGGUGAAGACGUCUUUUUUUCCCUUUGAAUAAAACUGCAUUUAAAGG